AUGAGAAAAAAAAGUGAAAUUUCCAAACCAUCAACGCCUCUUAGAAGGAUACCUAAAAAUAGAGGAAUGGUUGUAAGAAAUACUAAUGAAAUAAACCCUUUAUCUGAAAAGGAAAUCAAAAAUGUUAUAGAAGUAUAUUCAGGGGCUAAUAAAGCCUACUAUGAAAAUUAUAUAAAAAAUGAAACCACUAAAAAAAAAAAAAAAAAAAAAAGUUUAAAAAAAAGUAAAAGUAAGAAAUUUGAUCCAUUGAGUCUUAAUCCAUUAAAUUAUAGAAAUAAAAAUUUUGAAGAAAAUAAAACACUUUUACAUUUACCAGGAUCGAAUAUCACUCCAAAUUAUACGCUUCAGAGUCAAACAGUGCAAUAUGCAGUAUCAUCAAUGCCAUAUGAAACGCUUCAUAAAUCUAAUCCAUUGUCGUGGGGGUGCAAUUAUACAAAUCAUUAUGAGCUUCCAACAAUUUGUUCCAUUGUAAAAUCAAAACAUCCGAUAUAUUCACAAGCGAAUAACGGAAAAACUCAAAGAAAAGUUUCGAAAAAUAGCAAUAAAAAAAAAGGUGAAAAAAAAAAAAAUAUUAACUUAUCUGAAAAACCUGAAGUCCAUGUUAAUAAUGUCCAAAUUAAAGCAGCUCCUACUUUCGGAAAUUACACAGAUGAAUUUUCAGAUUUUAUAAACGAUAAAAAUCAAACAAAUGAUUUAUCAGAUGAGCAUUGUACCGAUAUAGAUGCCUUCAUAAAAAAUAGUAAAGAUUCAGACAGAAGUAAAAAUAUUGUAGACAAGACAUAUAUUUAUUCUGAUUUUUAUCAUGAUUUAAAAAAUUCUAAUCUUAAAAAUAGUGUAAAUGAUUACAAUUUUACGCUAAAAGGAAAUGAUUCCAUUACAGAAAAUAAAACUGACUCUUCCAAUAUUACAUAUAAGGAUCAAAAUGACACACUUAAUAGUAAUACAGAAUUAAAUGAUGGAAAUUUUAAGAACCAUACUGAGAUUAAGAAUGUAUCCUCUGACAGUCUUGUAGAUAAUAAUAUGUCGAACUCUACACUACAUAAAAUGAACGAUUUAAGCCCAUAUAUGGAAAAUGAUCAUGUUGAGAAUAAAUAUUUUAAUUAUACUGUUUCUGAUUGCUCAAAUUAUUCUAAUAACAAGCAUGAUAUGGGGAAUUAUUAUGAUAAGAUGGAGGAUAAUGUUGUAAAUUCGCAUAAUAUAGAGAAAUAUGACCAUCAUUACAACUGUAAUGAAAUCCAAAACAACAGUUCAUCAAAAAAAAUACCUACAAGAGGAUGCGAAUCAAUCACCAAAAACAAGAAAUCUAAUAAUAUUCGUGUAUUAAAAAAAAAAUCAAAAGAAACAAUUUUAUCUAGUAUACCUUCUCAUAAUGAAAUAAAAAAUGAGAGCAAAGGCAAAACUAAUAUUUCUGGAUUAAAUAAAAAUAUGGAUGUUAAGAAAAAAAAACAAAAAAAUAGCAAAUUAAAAAAGAAUAAUUCCAUAAAAAACAAUUUAGAUAAUGUCGAAAAUAUAUCAAAUGAAUGGUCCUAUAACAAAUGUAAACAAAAUUCUAAAGAAAAGACUUCAAAACCAAAAAAAAAAAAUUCAAAAAUUAAUAAAUUACAAAAUGAUUAUACACAGAAUGCUAUUUUGAAUAAUGAGACAUCUAAUUCUAUGUUAAAAUGUCAAGUAGAUAACAAUUCGAAUAUUCAUCAAAGUGCUGCUUGCAUGGAUCAAAAUUUAGAACCUAAGAAAACUAUUUAUGAUUUUGCAAAAAGUCAUCAAAAAGAUUUAUGUAAAAUAGAUAAAUUCCCAAAUGAAGAUUUCCCCGUAAAUAACAAAGUGGAUACCUGCAUGGAUCAAAAUUUAGAAUCUAAGAAAACUAUUUAUGAUUUUGCAAAAAGUCAUCAAAAAGAUUUAUGUAAAAUAGAUAAAUUUCCAAAUGAAGAUUUCCCCGUAAAUAACAAAGUGGAUGAUGUUAUGCAUGAAAACAUUCCAAUAAAUGACAUAGAAAUGGUUAAUGGAAGUGAAAUUAAUACAAAUGGACCCCCAACUUGUGUAUACAUAAUUCAGGAAGAAAAUCAUAAACCCCAAUUUAAUAUACAUAAUAUGAAUAAUAUGAUACCUGAUGGGAACGAAAAUAACCCUUCAUAUAACAAUAUAGACCAACUUAACCCUAUAUUAGAUAAUUCUAAUUCAUAUAAUCAAGAAUAUAGUAAAAUAAUAUAUCAAACAGAUCCUAUACCACAAAAUAACCAAAAUUAUAUAAUUAAAGAUUAUAAUACAUCGGAAUUGGGAAAUCCCAUUCCUAAUAAACAAUCCCAAACAGUGCAAAUACCUGCUGAAUUGAACAGACCUCUCCCUCAAAUACCUAUAAUACCAAUACAAGCACAUGAGCUACAUACAAACCAACAAAUUACAAGUGAAACCACACAUAUGCCUGUAGAACCCAUUCAUCUUUCAAUGCCACAAACACUUACACACAUUAUACCACCUCAAAUUCCAGUAUCACAAGGAUUUACUCAUGAAACACCAACUCAAAUUCCAGUAUCACAAGGAUUUACUCAUGAAACACCACCUCAAAUUCCAGUACCACAAGGAUUUACUCAUGCAAUACCGGCUCAGGCUCAAAUUCCAGUACCACAAGGAUUUACUCAUGCAACACCGGCUCAAAUUCCAGUAUCACAAGGAUUUACUCAUGCAACAUCGGCUCAAAUUCCAGUAUCACAAGGAUUUACUCAUGCAACACCGGCUCAAAUUCCAGUAUCACAAGGAUUUAAUCAUGCAACACCGACUCAAAUCACAAUCCCACAAGGAUUUACUCAUGCAAUACCGGCUCCGGCUCAAAUUCCAGUAUCACAAGGACUUACUCAUGUAACAUCCCCUCAAAUCACAAUCCCACAAGGAUUUACUCAUGCAACACCGAUUCAAAUGCCAGUGUCACAAGGAUUUACUCAUGCAACACCGACUCAAAUGCCAGUGUCACAAGGAUUUACUCAUGCACCACCGACUCAAAUGCAAGUGUCACAAGGAUUUACUCAUGCAACACCGUCUCAAAUUCCAGUAUCACAAACCCUUCCUCCUAUGACUCAGACACAAAUGUCGUUAAUGCAAACCCAAGCAUCCAUGACGCCAUCUAGUGCUUCUAAUGGAAAUAACAACUUUAGAGUAAUAAGGGAUUUACCUUCUCAACUUUAUAACAAACCUGCUCACCUACCGGCUCCCUUUAUAGAAAAACCUAUUAUUAUAGAUAAUACCUCAUUAGUGUGCGCAUAUCCAAAUACAGAACAUCUUAACAGUGAUAAAACCUCAAAUUUGAUUGAUUUAUCAAAAAGAUUACCAGAAUUUAAGAAUAAUAAUACUGAGAAUAGUUCAUAUGUUUUUCAAAAUAAUCCACAGUAUAAUGUAGAUAACUGUUUUAUAAAAUCGAUUACUCCAAAUAUUAAUGCAUCUUAUAAUAACAAAAUAGAAAAUAAUAUUUAUGAUUUAAAAAAUAUGCAAUAUUCCGAUAACGUAAAUACAAUGUAUAUAAAUAAUAAUAAUGAUAUUAUUGAUAAUCAAAAUAUUAAUAAUAACAAAAACAGUAUAUAUAUAGAUCGGGCUAAAAUUGAUGAUAUGGGGAUGAACUUUGUAAAAUUAGAUCAGGUACCAUCAAAUCGAAUUAAUGGAUAUAUAAAUGAACAUAAUACAAGUGUAAAAAAUGAAAAUUCAAAUAUGCGUUAUAUAAAUAUAUAUCCACAUAGCGAGAAUGAAAAUGUUAAUUGUAAUAUUAUAAAUCCAAAUGAUAAUUUAAAAUUGAAUUUAAAUCGCGGAUUAGGUACUGCUGGCAUUUUUCAAUGUAAUAAUUCUCAACAAACAAUCAAUAAAAAUUGUGCAAAUAAGUUAAAUUUAGGAGAAGUGAUUAAAAAUUCGAAUAACAAUAUGUUAAAUUUGCAAAAUAAAGAAUUAAUGAACAUUUUGAAUGAUAAUAAUAAUGAUAAAUCAGACAAUAAGAACAAGUUGAUGAGGGACAAUAAUAGAAGCAAUAUAUUAAAUAUUCAAAAUGAAAAUAAAAUAAAUGAAAUAAAUUCUCAAAAUAUUUUAGAAGGUUCAAGAAAUUCAUUUUCGUGUAUGAAUUUAAAUCAUAAUUAUACAAAUAACGGAAUUAUAAGGAACACUGAUCAAUUAAUACAAAACAAUUCAUAUGCAUCACGUCAUUUAAACUAG